AUACUGUCGCGGUCUCCACUGACAGCCCCUCUGUCUGCCAGUCACUACAACAGCACUAGGGCGUUUCAGGCAGUUCUUACAAACAGUAGCAGACCCCUACUUCGAGUAACGGUCUACCGUAAUGCAACAGCAGCCUAUUUCCACACAGAUAUGAAAUGCUGAGUUGAUUAAAAACAUGAACAAACCUAAAAUGUCCACAGAAAAAGGUGUACCAAGUAACUCAAGGAUUGUGAUGCUUCUGGGCCAACUGGAGAGGAUGACUGGAGAAGCUAUGGUCAAGGAUGUUGAAACAGCUCGACAGGUCACUGGGAAGAUACUGCACCUCAUUCAGACCCAGGAGAGGAGUGGGAGAGAGGUGAUGUCUAAAGGUUCCACUGGCAUGGAGGUCAUCCUGUCCUCACUGAAGAACACUCAGGAUGUCCAGACCACCCUGAACAUCCUGUCCAUUCUCACUGAGCUGCUUACUGCGGGUAGAGGUCGAAGGGUGGGACUGUUCGUUUCUAAAGGAGGAACAGGAGUGUUGUUCCAGAUUCUGACCACAGCUAUGAAAGAGAUGGCUCCCAGUGAGGAACUGAUGCUGCAGCUUCACUCACUUCUGGCCAAGGUUGGGCCAAAAGACAGAAAGUUUGGAGUGAAGGCACGUCUGACUGGAGCUCUGAAUGUCACUGUCAACUUAAUGAAACAGAAACCACAAAAUGCCAAACUGCUACUGCCCUGCCUGCAGGUCCUAAGGGUUUAUUCCACCAACUCGGUCAAUGCUAUUUCUUUGGGCAAGAAUGGUGUGGUGGAGCUGAUGUUCAAGAUAAUUGGACCAUACAGCAAAAAGAAUACCACUCUGAUCAAAGUAGCAUUGGACGCACUGGGAGCCCUGCUUAAAUCCAAAACGAAUGGGCGCCGGGCAAUGGAGAGCAAAUACAUGCCCGUCCUGCUGGCUCUAUACCUGGACUGGCAUCGGAACGACAUGCGACAUCGUCAUAUGCUAAUACGCAAGGCCUUUCUGGUCUGUAUCAGGAACGUCACAAACAUCAAGCUUGGCAGGAAGGCGUUUGUUGACUCGGAUGGCAUGAGGAUUCUCUAUAACUCGUCUGUUGAGUGUCUCUCAGUGCGAACUCUGGAUCCUCUGGUCAAUAUGUCAAGUCUUAUAAUGAGAAAGUGUUUUCCUAAGAACCGUCUGCCUCUGCCCACCAUCAAGUCGGCUUUUCUCUUCGAGCUCCCACACAUUCCUGUCGCUGGGCCCGUGGCACAGCUGUACAGCCAGCCUGCUGGAGUGGAUGAUGUUGUGGAUGUGAGUGAUGAUAACGAGGAGACUGAGGCAGACACAGAGAAUGACAGUGAGAAUGAUGAGGACGAGAAGAAUCAUCAUGCAACAAACGAUGACAUAGAGACAGACAUAAACAAACUUCACCCUAAGAAGUCUCCUAGUCGUCCGUUUGAAGAGUUGAGAGUCUAUGAGAGAUUCUUCAUGGAGUUAAAUGAAGACUUUCAGGGGCAUACCUUCGAAAGCUCAAAAAGCACCACUACAACGUUGUCACCUUCGUCAGUGUCAUCUUCAUCAUCGGCAUACUUCACAUCUUCCCUUUCGUCAUCAUUGUCCUCCAGCCGAUCUUCUCGGGCAAUAAUUGUUCCUACUGCUCAGUCUCCGUCCCCAAAGCACAUACCUAACACCAGUUCUCAGGGGGACUGCAAAGCUACCAAAGGACAAAACACUCAGGCUUAUCCUCCUGCCUCUCAAACACCUCUCAAAGUGGACAAUGUCCACCUGACUAAGGACCAAGACAAAAAAGAGUGGGCCAACAUUCCUUCUCUAGGUGGAGAUACAUCCUUGGCCUCCCUCACCUGUCUGAAGAAGACAGAACAGGAACUAGCCCACGUCUUGGAGUCUUUCUCUCUGGAAGAGCCGGGUGCUGUGAAUGCAGAAGACGAAACAAAGGGAGGCAAACAGCUGGGGUCUCCCAUCAAUACGUCAAGGAUGAAACAGUCUCCCCUGCUGUUAGAGGGUAUUGUGACACGUCGUGUGGGAGGAAGUGGAGGAAGUGGAGGAGGAGGCAGCAACUGGGGUUCAGACUGUGGUUCAGAGGGUGCAGAGGAUGAAGGAGGUGAAGGAGCACUCCUGGAGGUGCCUGAUACCGCACUGCUCCUCUCCCUGCAUGAUCCUGACCUUUAUGUGGAGAUGGUGAAGGACACACACUCAGUACCUCAGUAUGCAGAAGUCGCAUAUCCUGACUACUUUGGUCACGUAGCCCCAACAUUUCGAGAACCACUCCUGGAGAGAGUUUACGGUGUACAGAGGUGUAAGAUAUUCCAGGAUAUUGAGAGGUUGAUUCACCCUAAUGAUAUCCUGGAUAAAGUAGUUUAUGACCUGGAUAUGUCUUGUUGCCCUGUGGUUGAAGAUGAUGGUGAAUCAUUAAAGUUCAACUCUCAGUUUGAGUCUGGAAACCUCCGGAAAGCAGUGCAAGUUAGAAAGUUUGAAUAUGACCUGGUGCUAAACUCCGACAUCAACAGUAAUCACUACCACCAGUGGUUCUACUUUGAGGUGAGCGGGAUGCGUGUUGGAACCACUUACCGCUUCAACAUCAUCAAUUGUGAAAAGUCAAACAGCCAGUUCAACUAUGGCAUGCAGGUGCUAAUAUAUUCUGUACAAGAGGCAAUUGGUGGAAGACCUCGUUGGGUCAGAACAGGAGCAGACCUCUGCUACUACAAGAAUCAUUUUGCCAGGAGCUCUAUAGCAGCUGGUGGUCAAAAAGGAAAAUCUUAUUAUACUCUGACAUUCAGCACAACCUUCAGCCAUAAGGAUGAUGUCUGCUACUUUGCGUAUCAUUACCCUUAUACCUACUCCACUCUCAAGAUGCACUUGGCCAAACUGGAGGAAUUGCGGACUUCUCAUAUUUAUUUGAGGCAAGAUAUCCUGUGUGAAACCCUGGGAGGAAACAGCUGCCCACUUCUGACCAUCACUGCAAUGCCUGAGUCCAACUCCAAUGAUCACAUUUGUCAGUUCAGGAAUCGUCCAAUAAUCUUUCUGUCGGCCAGGGUACACCCUGGAGAGACCAAUGCCAGCUGGGUAAUGAAGGGCACACUGGAGUUUUUGAUGGGCACAAGCCCUAUGGCAGCUGCCCUCAGAGAAGCCUACAUCUUCAAGAUAGUCCCUAUGCUUAACCCUGAUGGAGUAGUGAAUGGAAACCAUCGCUGUUCUCUGAGUGGAGAGGAUUUGAACCGCCAGUGGCAGAACCCCAAUCCUGAGCUCCACCCGACCAUCUACCACACAAAGAGCCUGCUGCAGUACCUCGCACACAUACAAAGGGCUCCUCUGGUGUCCUGCGACUACCACGGUCAUUCCAGGAAGAAAAAUGUCUUUAUGUACGGCUGCAGUGUAAAGGAGACAGUCUGGCACUCGAACAUCAAUGCGACAACCAGUGACAUACAUGAGGACCUUGGAUACAGGGCCCUUCCUAAGAUCCUGUCUCAGAUCGCCCCGGCCUUCAGCAUGGCCAGCUGCAGUUUUGUGGUUGAACGCUCCAAAGAGUCAACCGCCCGUGUUGUUGUAUGGAGAGAAAUAGGAGUGCAGCGGAGUUACACCAUGGAGAGCACACUCUGUGGUUGUGACCAGGGUAAAUAUAAGGGUCUUCAGAUUGGAACUAGAGAGUUGGAGGAGAUGGGAGCUCAGUUCUGUGUGGCCCUGCUGAGGCUGAAGAGACUGACGGGGAUUCACAAUCACCAGCAUCUGCUGGACCUGGAGAACGAUAUCAUUGGGAUGCAGACUAAAGUUGUCAGCAGCUCCUCUACCUACGUGUUGGAGGAAGAUGAGCCGUCCUUUCUGGAGGCAGUGGACUACAGCGCAGAGAGCACCGAUGAAGACGCUGAACCUGAAACUGAGCAAAGUAGUGAAGUUCAGAAGAAUCCUGAUCUUCUUGACCAGCUAUCGGACUCUGAGACCAAUAACAGGGAUUAAAAACCAUGGGAAUAACUUGGGUGGCGGAUUUUGUUUUGUUUUAAGCAGCUUCUUGUUUUAAGCGCUGAUACAAAAUCACAAGUUAAAUGUGUCUUUACACCUGAUGGGUAAAAAGCUUAGAGUUAAACCUGACUCAACAACAAUAAAAAUAUGUUUGCCACUUUAGCACCUGUUACAUACUUUUAUACAGCUGGAUUGUUUUUUUGUCCUCUGAAGAUGACUGCAUUUGUUUUAAAGGUGCACACUGCUGUGGCGUCUAUACAGGCCUUCUAACAACACUUGUAAUGAACCUAAAUCCGCAAUCUCUAGCUCUGUAUGCUCACAUAUGGUUAACCAUGAUGGCAAACUGCAGGUACCACUUCUCCUUAACUUGAAACCUUUGUUCAUUUGAUCAGCAUUUAAACAAGCUACCUGACAGUGUGAGGUUGUGGUUUUUGAAACUUUCUGCAGUCAGGAUUGCAGGAAACUGGAUCAACCACAGUGACCAGUUGAGAGGUUCAACCAACCUGCCCUCCCUUUUUUUUCUACUCUGAUUCCUCACUUCCUUUCUGCAACGUAAAUGUGUCUGCGUCUAAAGGAUGUACUUCCUGUCUUUAGGUUUUCACAGCAGGGUAGCAUUAGUCGUACUAUAUCCGAUGUAAAGUAACCUACUAGGAUGUGAUCUAAAGGUGAACUCGGAUUCAUUUCAAUGUAAAGCUUUGUUGUAAAAAUGGUAGUUAGAGGUGUCAUAAUAAAUAGACUAAGCUGUUUGUUGGUUGUCAAUGCAGCUCAAGACAAAUCCUAACGAAGCAAGCUUUUAGCCUGUGCUUUUCACCUUUGAAACCUCUGCAAAAAGUAAUUACAAGUGCAAUGCAACAUGAACUGCCUCCAAGGUAGACACUGCUGUCUAUUUGUGUGAUUAUAUAUAUAAAAAAAGUCUGGUCAGAAUGUUAUUCAUGUUACAAUACACUUGAUGUCAUAUUUUGAACAUAGAUUGAAAUCAUGGUCACGUUAAUAACAUUCUUUUAUUAGCAGAACUAUAUCCUAAUAUCGGUCGAUUAUUCUUAAAUCACGACGUGUCUCCUUGUUUCUCUUUUACCAUGGUGGCAUAGUGGUUAAGGAAGCGGACUUGGGUCUGGAAGGUUCAGGUUCGAAUCCACCAGCUGCCAAGUUACCACUGAGGUGCAUGGCACUAUGCCCACACACUGCUCCCUGGGCGCUUAAAGCUGCCCACUGUCCACUUUGGUGAUGGGUUAAACAAAUAUAGACCAUAUAAUAAAAUAUUUGCUGAUUCAAAAUUCAAACUUUCAACUUACAAGUGAAAUGUAGAAUGUACGUGUCUGGAUAAACACAAGCUAACAGGUUUUUCAGCUUCCUUGGUUACACACAUAAUAUAUUGUGCUAUGAUAUAAUGUUAGGAUGAAGUAUUAAAUGUCCACUUGCGCUGUUGGUUCAUAGUUUUAAUAAUAGACUGCAUUGUUAUUGUUAAGCAGCAGCGUUUGAAGAGAAGCAUAUUUGGUUGCAGAAAGCAGAAAACUGCACUUUGAAUGGACAUUAUUUACACAGAAAGGGAAUGGAAACAAAACCAAAUGAGAGUAAAAAACAUUUAGGUUUCAAUCAGGUUUCAGUUUGCAAACUGGAAUUUCCUUUUCCGUUUUGUUCUCUCCAUAAGGUGUGCAAAUUAUAAAUUUGCGUCUGGGAGACGGAUGCAUACAAAGAGAUGGUGCUGUGUACUGGGAGAACAAGUACAAGUAGUUUCUUGAAUUGGUUUUUUAGAUGUGUUGAGUUUUUGUAGCAAUUGUAAAGCUAACGCAUGGCUAUAUUCUGAUUUUAUUUUGGUUCCUAUUUAUUAAUGAUUGUUUCUGUGAGACAACCUGUAUGGACAUGAGGUAUUUUGUUUUUGUGUGUGCGUGCGCACAGGACCUUAAAUUAUUCAAUUAUUCAGCUGAGCUAAUGCUCUUACAUUGCGUUUCAUCUUCCAAUUUGAUUGUCCUCUCUCACUCCCCCCAAUCUUUCUCUCCUCUCUCCUUAUCCCUUCACUUUCAUCCCUUUUUUUUUGUCUCUUUACGACCUUUUUUUUUUUUUUAGAAAUCGUCCCCCUGAGCAUCCUACUAACCUAUGCAGUUGUACGUGCAUGUGUCUUUUUUGUGGGAUUAAUAGUGUGUAUGUGGGUGUCUAUUUUGCCACAUAAAAUUGUGGGCAUUGUUUUAAUUUGCCUGUGUGUGUGUUGUAGUUUUUAGUCAGUUGUGCUGGACUAUUUUUUUAUGUGUUCUUUUGAAGUUCAAAUUGCGGGUCACCUUUUAAGUUCAUUGUUUUAAGUUCAUUGCAACAAAGAAUGAUGAACUGUGAAGAGGUGAAAAAUAAAAAAUGAAUGUAGUAAA